GAGGAGAGCUGCCCCACCACCUGCCCCGCGCUGCGGGCCGCCCGCAUGGCUCCCGGGCGCUGGAGAGACCGGGGGGGCUGCUGCUGCUGAGCAACACCACGCUGCUUUAAACUCGGCCUCAACUUAGCACGGCGAGCAGGGAUGGCAACACUGCCGGAGCUUCGGAGCUGCCAAGAGAGCCGGGGAACCUGGGUUUUGUUUGCCACUGUCUAAUAAAUGGGAGUAAAAUGGAAUUUCUUACCUGGGUUUUUCCUGCCUUGGUUCUACUGUGCACCCAACAGCACAGGUGUAUCAGAGCUAUGAAUGACAUCGGCGAUUACAUAGGUUCCAACAUCGAAAUAUCCUGGUUACCCAACCUGGAUGAUUUAAUGAAAGGGUAUGCACGUAAUUUCAGGCCUGGGAUCGGAGGUCCUCCUGUUAAUGUUGCUCUUGCAAUUGAAGUAGCCAGCAUUGACCACAUCUCAGAAGUGAACAUGGAAUAUACAAUGACGGUAUUUUUGCACCAGAGCUGGCGAGAUGAACGUCUGUCUUACAACCACACCAAUGAAACUUUGGGCUUAGACAGCCGGUUUGUGGACAAGCUCUGGUUGCCAGAUACUUUCAUAGUAAAUGCCAAGUCUGCCUGGUUCCAUGAUGUGACUGUGGAAAACAAACUUAUCAGGCUCCAGCCAGACGGAGUCAUUUUAUACAGCAUCAGGAUUACCUCGACGGUGGCCUGCGACAUGGACCUUUCCAAGUAUCCAAUGGAUGAGCAAGAAUGCAUGUUGGAUUUGGAGAGCUAUGGCUACUCUUCAGAGGACAUCGUCUACCACUGGUCAGAAAACCAGGAGGAGAUCCAUGGGCUGGAUAAGCUGCAGCUUGCUCAAUUCACAAUUACCAAUUACCAGUUCACAACAGAAAUGAUGAACUUCAAAUCUGCAGGUCAGUUUCCCAGGCUCAGUCUCCACUUCCACCUUCGGCGAAAUCGAGGAGUUUACAUCAUUCAGUCUUACGUUCCUUCUAUCUUACUAGUGGCCAUGUCGUGGGUAUCCUUCUGGAUCAGUCAGUCAGCUGUGCCUGCCAGAGUGUCAUUAGGUAUAACUACUGUUCUUACUAUGACUACACUGAUGGUCAGUGCCCGAUCUUCGCUUCCACGAGCAUCUGCCAUCAAGGCACUUGACGUUUACUUCUGGAUUUGCUAUGUGUUUGUCUUCGCUGCACUGGUAGAAUAUGCAUUCGCACAUUUCAAUGCUGACUACAUGAAAAAGCAAAAGAACAAGAUAAAGGCAAGAAGGCAGAGUGGAGAGGUAAAUGUGAAGAACGCCAUUGUUCUGUUUUCCCUUUCCAUAGCUGGUGUGAACCAGGAACUGGCCAUUUCCAAUAGGCAGCACCGAAUUCCCAGAAGCCUGCCUGGAUCAUAUGGCACAAUAGAAAUCGAAACUGGAGAGACAAAACAGCGACAAAUAAUGAAACUGGAUAAAAAGAGUGGUCUGAAGUCCCUCUUUAAGCCCAUUGAUGCUGAUACCAUUGAUAUAUAUGCCAGAGCCGUGUUCCCAGCAGCCUUUGCAGCAGUCAAUGUUAUAUACUGGGUUGCAUACACAAUGUAAAAAAAAAAAAAAAAAGAAAGAAAAUCCAUUUGAAGAGCUACAAAUUGAACAAUACCUACAGACUAAAAAGCCCUUGCUGAGACUGUAUUGAUCAUCUCUUCUCAAAAUAUUUUCCAAUGAGCUCGAGACAUUUCUAAGGUCAAGAAAGUCCUGUGAUCAAUUCCUACUAAAAGCAGCAAUUUAUUACCGAUCUGAUUUGGUACAGUAAUAACUGCACUCUGCCAAACAAUCCCAGCUCCUUAUUUUCUGUAUUACCAUGAGACGAUUUUUCAUAUGUACAUAUUUGCAGCAAAAGUUUAAAUCUUAAAUUACCGUUGUUUUCCUCCACUUUAAGGGUUGAUCAGUGAUGAAGAUUUGGCUUUUCACAGUCAGAUCAUUUCCUUUUUUUGUGACAGAAGAGCUAAUUCCUCACUUC